GGCGAACCCCCGGGGCACGGCGCUCCACGUCCCCGCCAUGCGGGGGUGCCCGCAAGUCAUCCGCGUCCUGCUGCGCCACGGCGCCGAUCCCAACAAGUUCGCCAGCCGUGUCUUCACGCCCUUGGUCUCGUCGCUUCUUGGUGGCUCCGUGGAAUGCAUGAAGCUGCUCAUUGAGGGUGGGGCUAAUGUUCACGCCGGUGGAUUCAGCGGAGCGACCCCUCUGUUGUUAGCGUGCAGCCGCCGUGGCAACAUCGGAUUUGUCAAGUGCUUGUUGAAGGCUGGAGCAGAUCCGAACAUUCCUGACGAACUUGGUAGGUUGCCGAUAGAAAUCGCCGCGGUCCAAGGUGGAAAAAAACUAGUUCAACUUCUGUUUCCUGUGACUCGAUGCCCUCCAAACAUGUCUGGCUGGAGUGUUGCUGGCAUCAUGAGUUAUGUGAAUUCUGCUGCUUACAAGGAGCGGGUGAGAAAGGAUUCUUGUAAGAGGAAAGCUGAACUAAAACUAGAAGGGAACAAGGCCUACGAAAUCAAGGACUACGACACGGCUAUACUUAUGUACAACAUGGCACUGAAGUUCGAUGAUCCAAACGACAUAGACGCCUCCAUAUAUGCAAACAAGAGUCUCUGCUGGCUGCGCCUUGGUGUCGGCGACGAGGCGCUUUCGGACGCCCAGGCCUGCAUCAGGUUAUGGCCUGACUGGGGGAAAGGCUACUACCGCCAAGGAGAGGCCUUCCGUUUCCUGCAGGACUACGCCAGCGCUUACGCCGCGUUUGUCAAGGCAUCGGAGCUUGAUCCGCAGAACCCUAAGAUCGCCAACGCCCUCCGGGAUCUCUUGGAGCGCACGAAGGGCGCCUUGGUUUCGCGGCGCCUGGAGGAAGGGGUGCAAGGAAGAAGCCAGGUUCUGUCUGGGCCGUGUGAUCAAACAGUCCGAGAGCAGGGCUCUUUUGUGCAGGCGCUAGGUAGAGCCCAGCCACUAUCCAGUGGCCAGUAGGAAAAUGGUGAAGCGGUGAGAAAACUGUGGCGGGAGUCGGAGGCUGUAUAGUUGUGUUUCUGGCGGGCUUUGUGGUUUGGUUUUGCGCGCCUGUUGUUGUUUAACGCACGUGGGGCUCUUUGUUUCCUGGGCCGUAUAGCACGUCGCCUUCCCCCCAA